AUGAGACUCGCCCACCUCCACCUCCCACAUACAACGCCCUUCAAACGGGUCUCUGAGCUCCAACAAGCCCUGACCACGCGCUUUCUCACACACAAGAAACUCGCUUCCCCUGGAUCAAUAUCCUCACAAAACACAAUCUUGAACCUGACAUCACUCCCACCACCACCGGACCCGACAAUCAUCACGUUCACCCCAAACCCGGUCUACACCACGGGUCGCCGUGACCUCCCGCCUUCAAAUACCUGCGCCUCCGCAACGCUCUCCCUCCCGCCACCCCUUGAACCAAUCCGCUCUCUAUUAGAACCUGGUCCCACUGCGAAAGCGGAGUACGUUCCGACGCUACGCGGAGGUCAAACAACGUACCAUGGACCGGGUCAAAUGGUAGCAUACACGAUCCUGGAUUUAAAGAGACUUGGAUUGACACCGCGGUGUCAUAUCCGGGUUUUAGAGAAUAGUGUCAUUGAUCUAUUGAAGAGGUACGAGGUGAAGGGCUUCGUGACUGAGGAUCCGGGGGUUUGGGUGGAUGAUGGUGUGGCGAAGAAGAUCACUGCGGUGGGAGUGCAUUUGAGGAGGAAUAUUAGUAGCUUUGGAGUUGGGUUGAAUGUUACGAAUGAGCCUUUGUGGUUCUUUAGACAGAUUGUCGCUUGUGGGUUGGAAGGGAAGGAGGCAACUAGUCUUGAGGGGGUUGGUGUUUCUGUUGGCGUCGAUGAGGUUGCGAAUGGAUUUGUUGAGUGUUUUGUCAAACGAGUGAAUGAGGACUUUGCUUGUGACGGGGCGUCAGGGGAGAAGAUUGAGGAAGUAUAUUCUGUUCAGGAAGAGGAUCUCAAGUUCUAA